CUGUGUGUGACUGUGUGUGUGUGUGUGUGUCUCCCUGUGCGCUGUGCCGUUGUGUCCUUGUCCCUGCCUCCUGGCAGCGAGGAGCCACCCAGCAGCCGGCCUGUGAUUGGGCAGGAGAGUGGGGUUCUUGACACAGCGUGGUGCUGACUGCUCCGGGACGUGUUUCAACAGAUGGUCGAGGUUAGAGAGUGUCAUCACAUCGGAGAGAGGAUUAGAGGAGAGAGGUUGUCUUCCAGGAGCUGUGUGGUCCCCCCCCCCCCACCACCACCACCACCACCACCAACCCACCUCUUUUUACUCUUGAAACCAAAAAUCCCAGCACCGAGACUCAAACCCUUCUAUGAGCGGAGGGAGAUCCGGUAGAAGAAACGUGAGGAUAAGAGUCAGAGAGGAGGAAUCCUAGCCUUGCCUCUCCUCUCACUCAGCCAGCUCCCUGCUCUCCUGCCUUACAGUCGACCACGGCUGCGAGAGCUGCACAGGCGUGAGCGAGCGAGCGAGCGAGCGGCCUGGCAGGUCCUCGUAAUCCUCCCCCGUCUACCCAUCUCCGUGGCCUGUUUGUAUCAGACGCCGCCAUGCUGGUCCACUGGCUGUCCUGCCUGGCUCUGCUGUCUCUGGACUGGACCCCGGGCAGCUGGGCUUUCACCACCACCAGGGCUCAGGGGCUGAGGGGUCGCAUCCAGAGGGACCGCAGGAACAUCCGGCCCAACAUCAUCCUCAUCAUGACUGACGACCAGGAUGUGGAGUUAGGUUCUCUGCAGGUGAUGAAUAAAACCCGUAAGAUCAUGGAGGACGGCGGCACCAGCUUCACCAACGCCUUCGUCACCACGCCGAUGUGCUGCCCGUCGCGGUCCUCCAUGUUGACGGGGAAGUACGUCCACAACCACAACACCUACACCAACAACGAGAACUGCUCCUCGCCCUCUUGGCAAGCUCAGCACGAGCCGCGCUCGUUCGCUGUCUACCUCAACAACACCGGCUACAGGACAGCCUUCUUCGGCAAGUACCUCAACGAGUACAAUGGCAGCUACAUCCCACCUGGGUGGCGCGAGUGGGUCGGAUUGAUCAAAAAUUCCCGCUUCUAUAAUUACACCGUCUGUCGGAACGGUUACAAGGAGAAACACGGUGCUGAUUACGCCAAGGACUAUUUCACCGACCUGAUCACCAACGACAGCAUCAACUUUUUCCGCAUGUCCAAGAAGGUGUACCCUCACCGGCCCGUGAUGAUGGUCAUCAGCCACGCCGCUCCUCACGGCCCGGAGGACUCGGCGCCGCAGUACGCCGAGCACUUCCCCAACGCCUCCCAGCACAUAACCCCAAGCUACAACUAUGCUCCAAAUAUGGACAAACAUUGGAUUAUGCAGUACACGGGUCCCAUGAGACCGAUCCAUAUGGAGUUCACCAACUUCCUGCAUCGGAAACGGCUGCAGACGCUCAUGUCUGUGGAUGACUCGGUGCAGAAGGUUUAUGAAAUGCUAGAGGAGACCGGAGAGCUGGACAACACUUACAUCAUCUACACAGCUGACCAUGGCUACCACAUCGGUCAGUUUGGUUUAGUCAAGGGAAAGUCCAUGCCUUACGACUUUGAUAUCCGUGUGCCGUUCUUCCUGAGAGGACCCAACGUGGAGCCAGGGGCAGUAAAUCCUCACCUGGUGCUGAACAUUGACCUCGCUCCCACCAUUCUCCACAUUGCUGGACUGGACACUCCUCCAGACAUGGAUGGAAAGUCCAUCCUGAAGCUGCUUGAGCAGGACCGGACUGGAAAUAGAUUCAAGCCCAACCGGAAACCCAAAGUCUGGAGAGACACAUUCCUGGUGGAGCGAGGGAAGAUCCUGAGAAAGAAGGACGACUCGGCGAGCACCCAGCACACCAACAGCCUCCCCAAGUACAAGAAGGUCAGAGAGACCUGCCAGCAGGCUGAAUUCCAGACGCCGUGCGAGCAGCCUGGACAGAAGUGGCACUGCGUGGAAGAGAUCACGGGGAAGUGGAGGAUUCAAAAGUGCAAAGGUGGCUCGAAAGAAGGCUCCAGGAAAAGGGCCCGAAGCCUGAAGCCCCGCAGCAGCUACGACAACAGAGAGAGGGGCUGUGACUGUGGGGACGCUCUGUACAAACCAUCCAGAGCUGACCGCCGCUCCCACCGGCAGUUAUCUUCCUCCUCAGGCCAGCGCUUUCGUCCACGUUUUGUCCACACCCGGCCUGCCAGGUCUCUGUCUGUGGAGUUCGAGGGCCAGAUAUACGACAUCGACCUUCAGGCAGACGAUCAGUCAGCUGUCCGCCGCCGCGUCAUCUCAAAGCGCCACCAAAACCCAGAAGACCCAGAGUUCGACUUGGGGUCUGAUGACGGUUCGGAGGAGAUGCUGGCCGACGAUACCAACGCGGUGGGAUACCCAAACUCUGUGAAAGUUACCCACAAGUGUUACAUCUUGAUGAAUGACAGCGUCCACUGUGAGAGAGAAAUCUAUCAGUCAUCCAGAGCCUGGAAAGAUCAUAAGAGCUACGUGGAUCAGGAGAUUGAAGCUCUUCAAGAUAAAAUCAAAAACCUUCGAGAAGUAAGAGGACACCUGAAGAGGACACGACCGGACGAGUGUGACUGUGGGAAGAGCUACUACAGCAAAGGACACAGAAACAAGGGAGAGCGACUGAAGAGCAGGAAUGAGCAGCUCCAUCCGUUUAAGGAGGCUGCACAGGAAAUAGACGGGAAGGCACAGCUGUACAACGAGAUCCGGAGGAGGAAGAAGGAGAGGAAGGAGAAGAAGCGGCAGAGGAAAGGGGACGACUGCAGCCUGCCGGGCCUCACUUGCUUCACACAUAACAAUGACCACUGGCAGACCGCUCCCUUCUGGACAAUGGGCGGAUUCUGCGCCUGCACCAGCUCCAACAACAACACAUACUGGUGCCUGAGAACCAUCAACGAGACCCACAACACGCUCUUCUGUGAGUUCUCCACCGGCUUCCUGGAGUACUUUGACCUGAACAACGACCCCUACCAGCUGACCAACACGGUGUACGCGGUGGAUCGGGAGGUGCUCAACGCGCUCCAUGCUCAGCUCAUGGAGAUGAGGAGCUGCCAGGGCUACAAGCAGUGUAACCCUCGUCCUAAAGGCUUGGAAACAGCUCUCAGCCCGCGUGGGAAGGACGACAGGGUUAAACUGCCCAACUUGACGGAUGAGGAGGUGAACUGGCAGGGACUGGAGGAUUUGUAUAGCAUAAACGAAAGCCUGUAUGAAUGUAGGCCCGACUACAGCCCCAGCCCAGACAACUGGGUCAACUUCCAGAAGGAUGUAGAUAUUAUGUUUGCACUGCGACACGUUUUGAACAAACUCAACCAAACCCAUGAGCUCGACGACUCCACCCUGCCAGAGCUGGGCUCCGGGGCCGGGGGUGGAGGCCUCGAGGAGGCCAGCGGAGGAGAAGAAGAAGAAGAAGAGUCGGCCUCCGCCCGCGACGUCUGGCCGGGCCCGACCACCGAGACCCGCCUCGCCACCCCCGCCCCCAGCGAAACGGCACCGGCAGCAGAACCCACAACCCACGGGCCGGAGGGACGGAAGCUGGAAUCCGCCAACGAGCUUCCCGGGAGGCCCGCGGCCGGCAGACGCCCGGCGCCGUCGGGCCCCGGGAGGGACGAGGUCGUCUUCCAGAGCGGCAUGUGGGCGCAGCAGCUGGAGGAGAUCGAGGGGGAGGCGUUCAGCGGGAACGGGAUGACGGAGCUGGAGACGCGACACGGCAGCCUCCUGCGCUCUCACAACGGCCUCCGAGCCCAGAUGGGAAGCGGCCCCGGCCACAACAGCCUCGACCCCGGGGACGAGGAGGACAUUUUCCAGGCGCAGGGCUACCUCCCUUUCUCCACGCAGACUCUGAGCCCCGAGGUCAGCACCGCAGAGAGCCCCCCUCCCACCACCGCCGCCGCCAACAACGACGCCGCCGCCUCCGCCGCCACAAUCGCCACCUCCACCACACAGACUAGCGCCCCCCAGAGCCUCGGGGUCCUCCUGAAAGCGCUGCCCCUCACCACGGACUACGAGGGCAGCGGCUCUCUGCCUCAACCCUCCAAUCAGACCCUCUGAGGUGCACACGCACACACACACACACACACACACACCAACCAACCAGCCAAUGAGCUUCUGGUCGCCAUGGUGACCCAGAGACGCAGCGACGACGAGGAGGCGGCGGCGAGCUCGGGCGUUUUAAAGCCACCUCAGUCAGUCAGAGUUGUAUAAUGAGUAUUAAAGUUAUUGUUUAUUUUUUUACUGGUGCCUACAUUUAUUAGUAAAACAGUGUUAUGUUUUUUUUUCUUCCUUUCUUUCUUUUUUUUUUUCCAUUUUUAAAUCUAUAUAUUUAGAAAAGUAAAAAGCCUUAUUGCAGCUAAGUGUUGGGAUUAAAGAAAUUCCACGUGGAUGAAAUAACACCGUGUUUUUUUAAAUACGUUUUUAUGAAAAACAGUGUGAGUGGUGAAACCAUCUCAACCCCCCCAUCACACAUCACAUACCCCCACCCCCCCCCGCCCCCGACCCCAAAUGCACUUUUGAAUCCUCUCACAGGCUCCACCCACUAAUCUGAUGUCACAUCUAAAAACUGGAUUGUCAAAUGUGUAAAAACCUGUUUCACACACGUUUUUUUUUUUUUUUUUGUUUAUUUUUUUCUUUAACAUGUAGUUAAUUUAGACAAUCAUGGGACAGUUUAACACCCCCUGCUUCACGCUAAGAAACACUUUUUAAUAAUCGGUUGCACCAUUUACUCACUUUUUAAGCCUUACUAAUCACAGGGAGACGCUCACACAAUCACCAGGGGGUUAGAAAGUGUUCAUUGUGUAACUCUUUUUUUUAUAAUUUUUUUGUGUGUGUGUUCCAGAAACGUCACUAAUUAGUUACAGGACGGUGCUUUGAUAAUCCAGCUUUGUCUACGACGAUAAAAAGGAUUCUGCCCUUUUUCUUUUCUUGACGGUGUGUGUGGAAGUGAUUCAGGAAAACCAUGUCGCUGUUAAGAAAUAAACCCUUUCAACCUCA